CAGACGCUACCUCGUAACCAUCCAAAAGCCGCAUAUGUAGCGCUAUCUCCGACCUCAGUCGCCUACACAGCUGAAGCGGUCCAGGCCUCCGAAGGAGUUAUCCUGGGUGGAAAAUGCCUGGCCUUUAGUAAACCAUUGGUGGCCCAAAGUAGUGGUGCUGGGCUUCCUGUAUCCUCCUCCGCUUCCUCCCCUUUCCUUAUCAAGCUGGCCAAGCCUGCGGAAUUCCUAUUAGACACCGAGGGUUCAAGGGCCUACACACCGCUGAACUUCACUGUGCCUGAGAACGCACAACAUCAGCACCAGCAACCAGCCGAGGACUCAGGCUCGACCAAUCAAGAGUCGAGUUUCGUAUGA